CGGUGACCCUGCGCAGAACGACAUCCGGCGGGGCGGGCGCGGGCCGCGGCAAGCCGGCCUCGGAGGCAGCGGCGGCGGCAGCACGAUGACCACGCUCCGGGCUUUCACGUGCGACGACCUGUUCCGCUUCAACAACAUUAACUUGGAUCCACUUACAGAAACUUAUGGGAUUCCUUUUUAUUUACAGUACCUCGCCCACUGGCCAGAGUAUUUCAUUGUUGCAGAGGCACCUGGUGGAGAGUUAAUGGGUUAUAUUAUGGGUAAAGCAGAAGGCUCUGUAGCUAGGGAAGAAUGGCAUGGACAUGUCACAGCUCUCUCUGUCGCCCCAGAAUUUCGACGCCUUGGUUUGGCUGCUAAACUUAUGGAGUUAUUAGAGGAGAUUUCAGAACGAAAGGGUGGAUUCUUUGUUGAUCUCUUUGUAAGAGUAUCUAACCAGGUUGCAGUCAACAUGUACAAGCAGCUGGGCUACAGCGUGUACAGGACAGUCAUAGAGUACUACUCCGCCAGCAAUGGGGAGCCUGAUGAGGACGCUUACGAUAUGAGGAAAGCACUUUCCAGAGACACUGAGAAGAAAUCCAUCAUACCAUUACCUCAUCCUGUGAGGCCUGAAGACAUUGAAUAACCAUGGGCAGUGGUUCUUAGGCUGAUGCUCCAGAUAUUUUAUGGACAAUAUUAUUUUCAUUGGAUGAUCCUGGAGCUCUAUUAGGAGAAAAGUAAUUAUUUAGGUCUUGCUGAUUCCAAGAAAAUACAGGUUGUAAAUUUGAGAAUUCUCAGUUAGCCAUAUCAUACCUAUUAAAGCUGUUCACUGUAGUAAAACUCAAUGAAAAGGGCAGCUAGGUCAGAUGGAAACAUUUCACUAUUUUGGUUCCUAAUAUUCACUUUUGGUUAAGGGAAAAACUUGCUCCAGGCUCCUCCUAAAUUCUGUGCCUGAGAACCACUGCUGUAUAUAUAUUUCUUAUUUUAUAUUUUCUGUUAAUUGAAGCUUCAAAAGCAUAUAUGAAAUGUAUAAAUAUAAAAUGUAUAAUAAAAUGCAUUGUUGACUCAAUGAA